CACAACCCUAAGUCAGCUGAUGUUCCCGGCAUCACAGCUCUUUGACAGCUCUGGUGUGUGGACCGCUCACGACUUCGGACCUCGGAAAUCCUGCCAAAGAAGAUGAAGAAAACCAGAGAAAGAUUUUGCAACAGAGAGAGGGAAUUUGUGUAUAAAUUCAGAGUAGGAACUCAAUGCUUAGAACUGAGGGUACCCCUCAAAUUUCCUGUUCAAGAGAAUGCCAGUCAUUUACAUGGACGUCUGAUGCUGCUGCACAGUUUACCAUGCUUUAUAGAAAAAGACUUUAAAGAAGCUCUGAGCCAGUUUAUAGAAGAAGAAUCUCUCAGAGAUUAUGAUAGAGAUGCUGAAGCAUCCCUGGAAGCUGUGAAGUCAGGUGAAGUCGAUUUACAUCAGCUGGCCAGUACAUGGGCCAGAGCUUAUGCCGAGACCACAUUGGAGCAUGCAAGGCCUGAAGAGCCCAGCUGGGAUGAAGAUUUUGCAGAUGUAUACCAUGACCUAAUCCAUUCUCCGGCCUCUGAAACUCUCCUAAAUUUGGAACAUAAUUACUUUGUUAGUAUCUCAGAACUGAUUGGUGAAAGAGACGUGGAGCUGAAAAAGUUACGAGAGAGACAAGGUAUUGAAAUGGAAAAAGUGAUGCAGGAGUUGGGGAAAUCACUAACAGAUCAAGAUGUAAAUUCACUGGCUGCUCAGCAUUUUGAAUCCCAGCAAGACUUAGAAAAUAAGUGGUCAAAUGAAUUAAAGCAAUCAACUGCCAUCCAAAAGCAAGAAUAUCAGGAAUGGGUGAUAAAACUUCAUCAAGACCUAAAAAACCCCAACAACAGCUCCCUGAGUGAGGAAAUUAAAGUUCAACCAAGUCAAUUCAGAGAAUCCGUAGAAGCAAAUGGAAGGAUUUAUGAGGAGCAGAGAAAGUUGGAAGAAAGUUUUACCAUUCACUUAGGAGCCCAGUUGAAGACCAUGCAUAAUUUAAGAUUGCUGAGAGCAGAUAUGCUGGACUUCUGUAAGCACAAAAGAAAUCACCGAAGUGGAGUGAAACUCCAUCGACUCCAGACUGCACUGUCACUUUAUUCCACCUCUCUCUGUGGCCUGGUUUUACUCGUAGACAAUCGAAUCAAUUCAUAUAGUGGUAUCAAAAGAGAUUUUGCCACAGUUUGCCAAGAAUGUACUGACUUCCAUUUUCCCCGAAUUGAAGAGCAACUGGAAGUUGUCCAGCAGGUGGUACUUUAUGCUAGAACCCAACGAAGGAGUAAGUUGAAAGAAUCACAUGAUUCUGGAAACCGAAAUGGAGGAAGUGAUGAUAAGGCUAAAAAUUCUGACAGAAACUAUUUAAAUAUUUUACCUGGAGAAUUUUACAUUACACGGCAUUCUAACCUCUCUGAAAUACAUGUUGCUUUUCACCUUUGUGUGGACGACAAUGUGAAAUCGGGAAACAUCACUGCUCGAGAUCCUGCCAUUAUGGGACUCCGAAAUAUACUCAAGGUUUGUUGCACCCAUGACAUCACAACAAUAAGCAUACCUCUCUUGCUGGUGCAUGAUAUGUCAGAGGAAAUGACUAUCCCAUGGUGCUUAAGGAGAGCAGAACUUGUGUUCAAGUGUGUCAAAGGCUUCAUGAUGGAGAUGGCUUCAUGGGAUGGAGGUAUUUCCAGGACAGUGCAGUUUCUGGUACCACAGAGUAUUUCUGAGGAAAUGUUCUAUCAACUUAGUAACAUGCUCCCCCAGAUCUUCCGAGUAUCAUCAACACUUACUCUGACAUCCAAGCACUGAACCCGUAGAGGCCGACACUCUGGCAGCAGACCGCCAGACUCUCCAGGAGCCUGAGCUGUGCUGGGCUUCUGUCAAGCAAAAGAUGCCCAGCAAGAGAACUUGCAGUCCAAGCCACAAAUCAAAUCAUGAUGUGUGUCUGUGAAACCUUCCAAAACUUCAUAUACGGUAUAGUCUAAGGACCAGCCUUCUACUUAUACGUUUACUCUUAAAAUGUCUUUAUGAAAAAAAUCUUUCUUCCUACUGUUAUGCCCUCUCUGUGAAUAUUAGUAAGUUAAAACAUCCUAUAAAUCAUACCUGGACACUUGAUGCAGGAGAUUGCUGAUUACAUUUUCAUGGAGACAUUUGACUUUUCCAAAAGGUUUGAAUCCUUUCUAGUUCAAGACUUCAUUAACCAUAUAUUGCCAAGGAAAAAUUAAAAGACAUUGAUAUGCACAUUUAAGAUAUAGAUUUCUUUUGAAAAUUUUUGUGGAAAAACAAGCCUUUGAGACAGACAUGUUUAUUCUUUUAAAUUCUCCUGUUUCAAAAUCUUGUUUUUAGCGUACUAUUUCUAAAGUUUUAUAAGAAUCAGAAGAAAAAGAAACGAGUUAGAAAACGACUUUGAAUUCUUUAUCUCUGUCUCAUCUUCUCUAUAUAACGGGCCUUGCCCUUGUCUAUUAAUAACAUUUCAUGUGCUAGGAAAAUAGUAUGCUUAUUUGCAAGAAAGUUAGUCUAACCAGCACGUGGCAGGAUUUUAGUGCUCAUCAGCAUGAUGACAGACAACAAGGAUCAUUUUUCUUUCCCCAUCCUGCUUCCUGGACUCUCAACUUCCUUAACCAUUCUUCUACUUCCUGCUUUCUGUUUUUUAUAACUGUGUGUCCAUUUCUUUCUCUGCUCUGUUUCCCCUCCUUUUCCAAUAUCUUUCCUACUUUCUCAGAUGCCACAUGUCAUUUAUUUCUCCCAUCUACAACAUUUUUAUAACAUCUGUAAUACAUUUGCUAUGAGUAGUGACUACAUUAAACAAAGACAUUUACAAAAGCAAUAGUUUCAUCAAAUCCAAGUUAUAUGGAUGUUGUAACUGCCCAGUGAAAUAAAAUGGAGGAUGUUUGACAUCAUGA